GUUAAAUCAACAAGAUCAACGACUUUUGAAAGAACAAAUUAAAAUUAUACCGCUGAUCUCAGAGUAAUAAAACAGUGAUUGACGCUGAUCAGCCAGAGCACUUUUCACAAAUUUUUUAAGAUGAUUUCCCCAAAGAAAUCAGGUGAAUAUAUCUCUUCCCAUGCUAUCAACGUCAAAAUUAAAUUGGAUGGAAUAAAUAAAUUAGCUAAUUUACUAUGUGAUGAACUAAAAAAUGGAAAACUCUCCCCAUCAAACUUUAGUCAAACAGAAUUACAUCCUAAUUCAAAUGAUCCUUGGGCUCUAGAUUGGAUACUUGUAGUUGAUACAUUGAAUUACUGCUUUUGGCAUGUUGAGAAUGAAAUUGGUUGGAAAGUUGAUGGAUACUCUGGGUAUUUUGCCCUGUGUGCUGCAAUCAAUAGAGCAAUGAAAAACAAUAUCAAGAUCUUAGAUCCGAAAUUUUAUUCAGUAAUAACCACUGAUGAACUUUCUAAAAUACUUAAAAGUGAUACUGAUGUGAACAUACCUCUCCUCACUGAAAGAGUAGAAUGUCUGCAUGAAGUAGGUAAUGUUCUACUUGAAAAGUAUGAUGGUAGUUUUGAAAAAUUAGUGAAAGAGGCAAAUGGAAGUUGUGAAAAAUUGACACAGUUGAUAGUAGAUAAUUUCAAAUGUUUUCGAGAUGAAUCACAAUAUAAUGGUAAAAGUGUAUCAUUUUAUAAACGUGCUCAGAUUCUAGUAGGAGACAUAUGGUCUUGUUUUGAAAAUAAAGGGUUAGGACAUUUCAAGGAUAUCAAUAAAAUUACAAUGUUCGCAGAUUAUAGAGUACCUCAGGCUCUAGUUUAUUUGGAUUGUCUUGAAUAUUCUGAUACUUUAUUGAAAAAAUUGGAGGAAAAUACUUUGCUAAGAAAUGGAGAAGCUGAUGAAGUUGAAAUAAGAGGAUGUUCAAUUCAUGCUGUUGAAAUUAUGAAAGAACAUAUUUUAAAGAAACUGCCCGAAUAUGAAAUCAAUUCCAUUUUGAUUGAUCAUUUUUUAUGGGACUUUAGGAGAAAACACGCUCAGGAUAUAAUGGAAAAAAAAAUCCCAUUCCAUAAAACCUUAUGUAUUUAUUAUUGAAACAAUAAUUAAGCUUAAGUAAAAUAUAAUAUGUAUAUUU